AUGGGGAUAAAGAAGCAGUGGUCUUCCCCUUCUGCCUCCCUCUCCGUUAGUGGGUUGGACAAGAAGCUAUAUCACACCUCCAAGGAUCUAACUGAUGCCUUGGAGGUACCUCAGAUAGAUGAAGCCUGGACUCCUCUGGUGUCUCAGACGGCAGUCUCUGGGGACUUGGCGGAGGCCCUUAAGGCUGACGAUAGGAAAUGCGACCUAACCUUUCGCAAGACCCAUCAGUCAACCGCAUGGGCCAUCAAGACGGCCACGUGCGCGUCCUUUUUUGUCCGAACCACUCUCUUAUGGCUUCGGCAGCUGCAAGCCAGAGUCCCUCCUGAGGACGUUAGGACUCAUCAGGACUUGAGCAAAAUGGUGGCCGCUACGGAGCCAAUGCUGUGGCUUAAUGGUACUCUGUUUAUGGUAGCACUUUCAGCAUUUGUAACUGUAACUAGCUUCACUCUGAAUCUUUUGGCAGAUACAAUUUCAUCUGUUGGGAUUACUUACACAGCAUUCCUGUUUCUCCCAAUUCCCAUUGGCUUCUUCUUCAAGAAAAGGGGAUUGACGUUCAAGAAAUAUGGGGCAGCUGCCGUGGGUCUUGGACUUACACUGGCUGCUUGUGGCAUCCACACCAUUCACUCCUUUGUCACCAUCAUGGGGACAUGGAUUAUCAUCAAAAUCUCACCAAAGCAUUCCCAUUCUCUGACAUUAGGAUGGACUUUUUUGUACCUGCUCUAUUUCCACAAAUUUACUUCCUUCAAGUUUCCCCAGACAACACAUCUGACCAAGUCUGUGCAACUUUUGCUCACCCUCAAGAUGGUGAGCGUAGCCAAUGAGGUGCAAGAAUUCAUUCAGGUGAAGGAACAGGAAGUGACAUCAGGUACCAAGUCCCCGGCAGUUGGUGUGAUUCCUGAAAUACCUGGAUUGGCAGAGAUACUGUGCUACAGUUACUGCUAUGUGGGACUUAUGACAGGCUUAUUUUAUCGCUAUCGUACAUAUCAUGAUUGGUUGAAUCAGUCCAAUCCUUCUGAAAUUCCUACAUGGAAGCCACUGCUUUACAGAUUGAUGAUGAUGCCUGUAUUUGCGACUUCAUUUUUGGCCGUCUCCUACAUCUUCCCCCCUGAAUAUGUCGAAAAUGCUGCCUUCUACGAAAAGGGGCUCCGUUUCCGCCUUUUCUACAUGAUGCCGGUAUCCUUUGUCUUCCGCAUGCGUAACUAUGUGACCUGGUAUGGCGCUGAGAGUGCCUGCAUCACUGCUGGCCUUGGAGCAUAUCCAACUUGUGCCAAUUCACAGCCAGGCAGAGGACCGACGGUGGAAUAUGAAUCUCUGAGCCACAGAUCAGCUGAUGGGAAAGCAUCCAGUGUUGCCUAUGAUUAUCAGACAAUCAGAAACAUUGAUCCAUAUGGUACAGAAUUUUGUAUCAAGGUGAAGGAUGGCAUUCGCUGUUGGAACAUGACUGUCCAAUGGUGGCUAUACCAAUACACCUACAAAAACACGGCUUCUUUCCCCUAUGUCAUAAGGUCUGCCUGGACUAUGGCUAUCUCGGCCUACUGGCAUGGACUCCGCCCCGGCUAUCACCUCAGUUUCUAUACCAUCCCAUUGUGCCUAGCAGCUGAGGGGGCCAUGGAGGAUGGGUUGUUGAGGCAUCUCUCUCCCUCUAGCCGUGCUUGUGUUAACUGCACACACUGGUUCCUGAAGAUGAGGGCUUAUGACUAUGUGUGUGUGGGUUUCCUCUUGCGUAGCUUUGAGGAAACUAUUCGCUAUUGGAACUCAGUGUAUUAUUGUGUUCAUGUGGGGGCUUUGAGUUUCUUUGUGGCUGGGAAAGCAAUGGGGGCCCUGAGGAAGGGCAAAGAUGACCAGAAGCGGGAAUGAGAAGACAGUAUUCUUUUGUCUUAAAUAAUCAGUGGGAAAGCUAAUCUGUUGCUUGGAUUGGCAAUAACUAAGGGGAAGCCUUGUGUAUAGGUUCAAAAUGGCCUCCAAGAGGAGUUUGCUAUGUAUCAUUAUGAAGGAGGAUGGGGUGUUCCAAAAUUCAGAUUGUACCUUAAAGUGGUUCAGCUUAAACUCAUGGUGCCUUUAAUAAUGGAAGGUCAAAAUAGAUGGUGGCUCAAAUUAGAAAAUACAAUACUAAGAUGUAGGUAGUCCUUGACUUACAGCCAUUCAUUUAAGGACUGUUUCAAGUUAUGCCAGCACUGAAAAAAGUGAUUUAUAACCUGUUCUUGCACUUACGCAGCGUUUCUCCAGUCAAAUGAUGAAAUUUUGAAGGAAGCGGGAUUCGCCUCAUGACUGCAUGAUUCACUUAACAACCAUGGCAAAAGAGAUCGUAAAAUCAGGCGUAACUCACCUAAUGAGCAUCUUGCAUAGCAACUGACAUUAUGGUCUUAAUUGUAAGUCAAGGACUGCCUGUAGUGGUAAACCUUUAUGUAAAAUAGUGUUUUUAGCAAAGGUGCUCCCAACUGGUAACAGAUUUUCUAUAUAGGUUUUCUAUAGAGAUUUAUUAUAUAGAU